AUGAACUCGACGGAACUCCUAGCGUUCUGUCGCGUCGAGCUCAGGAUCACGACACACGCAACCGCCGGCUCCUUCGCGAUCACCGAGGUGUGGCUGCCUGACGCCUGGAACGGCCGCACACUCACCCUACCAUUUGUUAUCUCGGAGGAGUCGCAAUUCCCCAAGGGUGUAAACCUGACCCCGCGCGGCUUAGCUGACCGCCCAAUCCAUUACCUUUCGGACGGGAUCAUCAACAGUCCUCGCGCAUGCAGCUUCCGCACGGAGGCGCUCACCUGCACUCCGGGCGAAAACACGUCGACCUGCCUGACUGAAGAGCAGAUCGGGGCGCUCCGCCGCAUUUACGCAGACUAUUACGAGGCCGACCAGACGUAUAUCUUCGGCGGAGACCAGCCCGGGGGCGAGAAGGUGUUCGCGACGGGCCUUGUCGGCGACCCGCCAUUCUCACUGCCCCAGGACUGGUUCCGGUUUUCUGCUAAAUGGACCCAGGAGGAGUACAACGCAAGCAUCAUCGUGCUUAGCGAGCAGCUCAACCCCGGGCAGUCCGACGCGUUCACUCUAAACCACAACCUGUCCGCAGGCGCGCCACACAAUGGAAAGACGCUGCGGUAUGUCGGUUGGGCGGACCAGGCGGACCAGCUGAUUAGCCCCGGGAACAACGUGCACUAUUAUGAGACAGUCCACGCGUUCGCGCGCGCAAAUACCACGCUUGCGGUCGAAGACUUCUACCGCCUCUUCCCGUGCCCGGGAUGA